AUGAAGGAUGAGUUCUCGGAAUUCGCCAAGAAGAACAUUCAAAGGUACGUAAAGUCGAACCUAAUGAUCGAGACUUUCAGGCUCUCCCUGAAGCGCGAGCAGUGGGAAGCAUUUAGUCUUUCCUACAAAUUGAUUAUGACAGCACUGAGAUUGGGCGCCAAACAUCUCGAUUUGAAGCUCGAGCUUUCCAGUGGAGGGAAACCCUUUUUGCCGCAUCAGGUGUUAGGAGCUGAGAACCUCGUCGGUUUAUCUGUGGAGGGGUACACGAUUAACGACCUGGUUCUGGAUCAAAAGGUAAGAUGUUCGAAGCUCGAAUACCUUAGCUUGAAGGAUGUGAAUAUGAUAUGGUCUCAAAAAUAUUGUCGGCCUGUCCCUUGA